AUGGUCCAACAUGAGCUCGGGCUCGGCAAGACGCCCAACGUCAUCCCUCCAGGGGAGGUCAAAAUCGACGGCGAGCCCCGCACCGUCGAGAUCGGCUGGCAUCCCGUCGCAGGACCUGCCGGGAAGUGGUUUGCCGAACAGACCAGGCUGGGCAAGUUGAUCACCGAGGAGAUUCACAAGUCACCGGACCCGACCCAGCACUGGGCUGUGCUUGUUGGUGAUUACGUUCAUGAGUUGUGGAUGGACGAGCAUCUCGAUGUGGUGUAUAUCAACGAGAAAAUCAACCGGGACGAGUGGCAUACGUAUGAAGUGGGCAAGACGAGGUUCAACGACGAGGCUCUCAGACAGGCUGGCGAGAUGGUUAUCUUCAAUAUGAGGGAGAAGCGACCCGCCUACAAUCUCAUCAACAACAACUGCCAGAAUUUCGCCCUCAACCUUCUCGACAAGAUCCGCAUCGGGCAGCACCGAGAAUUUGCCACGAGCUUCGCUGUGUAUCAGCGAGCCAUUGGCGCAGGCACCAUCAAGGACCUGUUCAUUGAACAGCAUCCUGACGAGCAAGGGGGCGAGACAAGACCCGAACUUCAGCACCAUGAUACCCUCCAGGUCGCACACCAGGUCAUGGAUGAGAACACUACCAAACUUGACAACCAUCACUCGUUCUUCCAGUGA